UGAUGUUUUUGCACAUUAUUCUAGAGCGGCACGAUGCCUUGUACGUGGUUGGUUCUCUAGAUGAGACUCUAGAGCUGCGGGGAGUGCGCUACCAUCCCACUGAUAUUGAAACAUCUGUCAUAAGGUCACACAAGAGCAUUGCAGAGUGUGCUGUGUUCACAUGGACAAAUCUCUUGGUGGUGGUCGUGGAGCUUGAGGGGUCAGAACAGGAAGCCCUGGAUCUUGUUGCUCUGGUGACUAACGUGGUUCUGGAAGAGCACUAUCUCAUAGUGGGGGUCGUUGUGGUGGUGGAUCCUGGAGUCAUUCCUAUCAACUCCAGAGGGGAGAAACAGCGCAUGCACUUGCGGGACGGCUUCCUCGCCGACCAGCUGGACCCUAUAUAUGUGGCCUACAACAUGUGAGAAUGUGUAACAUGGAGGAGGAACCAGAUGCCAGGAAUAUCUGCAUAUGCAAAUUUUCAAAGGAAGCGUUAGGGGGAAGUUCGGACAGGCUUGCCGCUUCCUCCACAAACAUGAAGAGUCCUUGAUGGAGCUAUGCAGUUUAUUUUUUAUAUCAAACUGUCAGAAUGCCUUGCACACAAAACUCUGAUUUAGUGGUCAGGGCAAAUGACUUGAUUUCAUCUCCUGUUUUCUUGUGUGACACAAUUAUGAGUUCAGUUUUUAUUCAAGCACACUUGUCCUGCACAUACAACACAUGCGUGAUGAAUGUUCCCUGUGUGUGAGGAGGACUGGCCCAAAAGGGCAAAGGAGUGCCUGAUGUCAAAACAGGAUCCAGAUUGCAGGACUAUGUCUUUGUAAUUUCAAGGCGUGUGAAAAUGUGUAAUGCACUUCAUGUCAAUGCAUUACUAUCACCAAUGUUAAAAAAAAAAAAAACU